GUUUCCGUUUCCGCCCCUUCUUCCUUUUCCGGUCCUGGCGGACGCCGCUUCGGUUGGGUUCUCGGCCCCGGGCCCCGGCGUGGGAGGCGACCGUAGUCAUGGCGAUGUUUGAGCAGAUGAGAGCGAACGUUGGCAAGUUGCUCAAGGGUAUCGACAGGUAUAAUCCUGAGAAUCUGGCCACGCUGGAGCGGUAUGUGGAGACACAGGCCAAGGAGAAUGCCUAUGAUCUGGAAGCCAACCUGGCCGUCCUGAAGCUGUACCAGUUCAACCCAGCCUUCUUUCAAACCACAGUGACCGCCCAGAUACUGCUAAAGGCCCUCACCAACCUGCCCCACACCGACUUCACACUGUGCAAGUGCAUGAUCGAUCAGGCACAUUCUCAGCAAGAAGAACGACCAAUCCGACAGAUCUUAUACCUCGGGGACCUGCUGGAGACCUGCCACUUCCAGGCCUUCUGGCAAGCCCUGGAUGAAAAUAUGGACCUCCUGGAGGGUAUAACUGGCUUUGAAGACUCCGUCCGAAAAUUUAUCUGCCAUGUUGUGGGCAUCACUUACCAGCACAUUGAUCGCUGGCUACUGGCCGAGAUGCUCGGGGAUCUGACCGACAGCCAGCUAAAGGUGUGGAUGAGCAAAUACGGCUGGAGCGCUGAUGAGUCGGGCCAGAUCUUUAUCUGUAGCCAGGAGGAGAGCAUCAAGCCCAAGAACAUCGUGGAGAAGAUCGACUUUGACAGUGAGUGGUGCCUCAAGGCCUCGGGCUGUGGGGCUAAGGAGAUGCCCUUCAAUAGACCAAGGCUAGGCCCCCCAGGGACUUGGGUGGUUACGUUCUGGUUCGGGGCCAGGAGAUUUGCAUCUGCCAGACUCCAUGGACCUGCUUUCCAGGCCUCCCUGCUGAGGGAGGGAUGGGGGGGUGUCCUUCCUUGGGACACCCCAGGGCUUGGACGGGCCUUGCAGGGUGUCUCCACACCUUUACUGGUCGCGGGGGCUCUGUUCUGUUGGCCCUCUGUCCUUGAGGGUAGUGCCAGUUCUGGAGUUGGGUAGCUGGGUGGAGAUCUUGGUUCUCUGUUUCUUAGCUGUGCGCCUUUGGGCAAGUGAUUUUACCUCUCUGUGCCUUAGUUUUCUCAUCUAAAAAGUGGGGAUCAGAGCACCAGUCAUUAUGACAGAUACUACGUAGUUCCUUACACUUCUAAGUCAUACGGUCCUCACGUGAACCCUGAAUGGUAGGGGCUGUUACUGUAAAGUACCGAACGAUAUCAUAAUAACCUACCUCACGGAGGUAUGAGGGCAAAGUGAACACUUCGCAAAGCUCUGCCGCGUCAGCCGUGGUCAUCGCUGUCACACACACGCUGAACUAGCACAGGCCCCACAGAUCCCUCAGCUGAGAACAGAGUGAAAUAGCUGUGAGGUUAGUGCUCUCACCUGCUCAGUACAUGUGUCUGAGCGAGAACCUGGGGCCGGGGAUGGGCUGCUCCCUUGCACCUUGGGUCUCCUCCCCGUCCCUUGGUACGAACCUGGUGUUUUUAAAGGUAUGUCCUGGUACAGCAUGCCUUCUCAGUACAAACCAGCUAAUUUGGUACUAACUUAGGAGCAUGAUCAAGUGGAAAGUCAGCUCUGCGCUUAGGGACUGUGGCCCCUCCCUCUAAAUGAGAGGUGCCCCCUGUGUGGGGGCUCAGGUGGGAAGUCACUGGAGCGAGGGGCUCUGCAGUGAGGAGCUGGAAGUCCGGUGUUUCCGGCGUCUUGCACGUAGUAUAUAGUCAGUGUCACUGUGAGAGUGGUGAGAAUAGCAAACAGCUAGUACCAGGCGUUGCUCUAAGCACGUCAUUUAACCCUCUGCGCGUGUGUAUGUGGGGGGGUGCUUUAUGCAGUUGGGGAAACUGGUUUUAAUUAACUCUCCUGAGGUCACCCAUCUGGUAUGAGGCAGAGUUGUGAUGAGGGCUUGGGUCUCCUUGCUUUGGUCCCGAUUUUUAACUACUGCCCCGACUGCCUUCGUGGGGCACCUGGCUGGCCCAGUAGGUAGAGCAUGAGCUCUCGGGGUCAUGAGUUCAAGCCCCAUGCUGGGCAUAGAGACUACUUUAGACAAACAAACAAACAAAAACCAAACUGCAUUGUGAAGGUGACCAGGGCCCAGAAGGGGUUUGCGAUCUGCCACCCCUGCAGAAUUGUGGGUGUCGUGGCUGCUGGCUGGAGGUUGGUCUCCCGUUCUUCCCGUUGACCUGCUGCCCCUUCUCUUCUCAACAGGUGUGUCCAGCAUCAUGGCCUCCUCACAGUAACUCGGCAGGCGCUUAAUAAAGAUUUAUUGACUUCUUA